AUGUUCACAGCCGUCACGUCGGCCCUCCAAACCGUCUGGCGGGAGAUCAGCGCAGAACUCCAGCAGCUUCCACUGUCACCGCGGGCCUCCAUCUCGUCGGCGUCGGCCAGCUCGCGCCUGCUGCCGGCCCCACCGUCCCGCUCGCCAAUCAACCAGGAAUUCAUCCCCAGCCCGCACGAUGUCCAGCACACGCGGCUCCUGCUCGUGCGCGGCUUGGACCUGCCCGUCGAAAUCGUCGACAUGAUCAUCGACGCGGCGCAGUACUGGCCCGCCGUCAUCGGCACCACGACGUCUGUUGGUGGCGUGUCGUUGCGGUCGUCGUCUUCGUCGUCGUCGUGGACGUCUGGGGGCGGUGGCGGUGCGGAGAGGGGUGAGAGGGGCCCCAUGGGAAUCAACUUUGGCGGCAGCGGCGUCGUAAGGGCAAGCGACACGCGGCGGAACAAGGCCGCGCAGUUGGUCGUGGCUACCGGGGCGGUGCCGGCGGAUGAGGAUGUGGGCGGUAUGGGGAAGGGGUGGGAGGGGCUGAGGAAGAUCCGGGUCAAGAGCGUGAGGUGGCGGGUUAAGAGUAGGGAUCAGGGUUGGGUGAGCUCGGGAGCUGGGAGGAGAGGCACCUACCACGGCUCCUCCUCCUGGUUCGACGCCUGCAUCCUCCGACCCCUCCCCGCCUCCACCCCACGACCGCCGCUAGCACCAGACGUCGCAGCCCGCAUCGACCUGCUCCAGCAGCGCUUCGGCCCGCCCCCGGGAGAACCCUUCCCCACGUUCCUGGUCGGCAACCUGCUCUCGCACGACCCGGAAGACGCCCGCGACUUUCUGCGCUCGCUCGGCUGGGACUUUGUCGAGCGCGUCGAGCGCGUCGAGGUCGACGGCGAGGUCGGCGAGCGCCGCGGCGUGCUCUGGAAGCUGCAGGCCAACGUCGUCGCUUCGGCUGAGUACCACGUGCACGACGGCGAGUGGUGGAGGCGGAAUGAGCAUUGGUUUCCGGGGUGGGUGAACGACGUCGACGACGUCAACGUUGAGAUUAGGUAUUCUGUCUGA